AUGGCGACACAGGAUCCCUCGCAGAUCGUGCAGCUUGUGCACGACUUGGAGGCGGCUUGCAAACAGAGCAAGAACAACAAGAAACGACCCUUCACGUGCAAGAAGACGACCUUCGCAGUCGCAGGCACGAAAAAUGUCACCGUGGACUCCUGGAAAUUCAUGGAUUGGGAUUACAAGCGUUCAGACCUGCCUACCUAUGCGCGAGGCCUGUUUACAACGCGGCGGAAAGAUGGUGUCCCCGAAAUCGCAGUGCGCGGGUACGAUAAGUUUUUCAACGUGGACGAGACCAACAACACCCAGUGGAGGAAUAUUGAGAACAAGACACGGGGCCCAUAUGAGCUCAGUGUGAAGGAGAAUGGAUGUAUCAUCUUUAUCUCUGGUAUGGAGGACGACAAAUUGCUGGUGUGCAGCAAGCACUCAACUGGGGUUCGCGAGGACACCAAUGUGAGCCAUGCGAUGGCAGGCGAGCGAUGGGUGGAAAGACAUGUCGCAACAGUUGGCAAGUCUUCAAAGGAACUUGCAAGGACUUUGCGGCAAAUGAAUGUUACGGCCGUUGGUGAGCUGUGUGAUGACAGCUUUGAGGAGCACGUUCUGGCCUACGAUGACGCUGCGGCCGGCAUCUACCUCCACGGUCUUAAUUAUAACCAGCCCAACUUUGCUACACACUCGUCAGAUAAGGUCCACGAGUUCGCAGAUGCAUGGGGAUUCAAGAAGGCCAAGUUUGUGGUCUACGAUGAUAUCGAGUCCGUGCGCAAGUUCUUAGAAGAAUGCGCUGAAACAGGAACCUGGGAUGAUCGUGAGACCGAGGGUUUUGUGAUUCGAUGCCAACUGAGCGAGGGCGGUAAUGCGGCCUUUCAGGACUGGUUCUUCAAAUACAAAUUUGAGGAGCCGUAUCUGAUGUAUCGCCAAUGGCGUGAGUGCACAAAAGCCGUCAUCUCAGGGAAGAUGCCCAAGAUCAAGAAGCAUGAAAAAAUCACCGAAGAAUAUCUCCAAUUUGCACGUCGAAUAUUCAUCAAGGAGCCCCAUCUCGCGCGCGAGUACAACCACAACCACGGCAUCAUCUCUUUACGUGAGGCAUUCUUAAAAGAACGAGGUUUGAAGGGAUCAGAGAUCAUCGCGAUGGAGGAAGAGCAGGUGAAGGGCAAGGAUACCACUAAGAACGUGAUUCUCACUCCGAUCGCUUCUCUAGGAUGUGGGAAGACCACGGUGGCGCUGGCCCUUGUGCACCUCUUCGGGUGGGGCCAUAUUCAGAAUGACGAUAUUCCCAAACAGAAGGGGAAGCCGAAGAAAUUUGCAUUCGAGAUCACCAAGGCCAUGGCGACUCAGCCCGUCGUGAUCGCCGACCGCAAUACUCACCAGCGGCGGGAACGGAAGCAACUCAUGGACGAUGUUUAUCCUGUAAUUCCGGAUGCCCAGUUCGUCGCUUUGCACUAUGUUCACGAGCCCAAAGAAGAGAUGUUUUCCUCCAUCAAGGAGGUUACUCGGAGGCGAGUGCUAGACCGUGGCGAUAACCAUCAGACCAUUCGGGCCGGUACGAAGCAACGAGAUGAGAUCAUUGGCAUCAUGGACGGAUUUCUGCAGCGCUUCGAGGGCAUCGACACCAACCGCGCCCCCGAUAUGAACUUCGACCAUGUCAUCGACCUAGAUGUCUGCGCCUCCUCGCGCGAGAAUCUCGAGACCAUAGUUGCCGCCCUGCAUGCCGCCUACCCUCGACUAGUGCCCAACAUGCCUACCAGCGAAGACUUGGACGCCGCCAUCAAUGCCGCGAUUGGCGACUACGAGGUCCAGCAAGAUCUGAGCUACGGGUACGACAAGAAACAAGGCGGCAAGAGUCCCUCGCAAGGGAACGAUCUGGCCCCUGCCAUCCUCGCGCGGAAAAUCGAGUAUUUUAGCAUUUCCGUUCCAACCUCUGCCAUCAUCACCACCCUCCACUCCCUAUUUGGCAACAGCGCCCCAGAGGCAGCCCGCCUCUACCACCAACUUGUCAACACCCGGCGAGUGCAGGCCGCCUUCCACGUCACCCUGAUCCACCGGGCCUCCAAGAAAGAUCAGGGCGAUAUCUGGGACCGCUAUGCAAAGCAGUACAUCGACGUGCUCACGAAGAACCCGACCGAAGACGCAGUGAAGAGCCCGCCCAUUCUAGGCGCCGCGCGCGUGCGACUGGAGCGGCUGAUCUGGGACAAGCGCAUCAUGGCAUUUGUUGUGCGGAUCCUCCCAAGCACAGAGGACUCGAGCGACGAAUCGUCUUUCCCCUGCGCGAACGCGAUUCCGCAUAUCACGGUGGGCACGGCGUCGCCGGACGUCAAGCCGAAGGAGAGCAAUGAUCUCCUACAGCGGUGGCACGAAGUCGGGUCUGGUGGGGAGACGGGGAUUUUCGAGGCCGAAGUGCCUGGAGUGAAGACGGUUGAGGGGGCAGUGAAGGUGGUGAUGAUGCGCGGGAAGUAUUGA